AUGCAAGGUGAUUUAUUCCAUGAUAAUCAACGCAUACCAUUUGCUAAUAUUAGACUGCUCGGUCUGCAAACUACGCACGAUAAUACAGAAGUCGCGCAUAAAAGCGAUGUAGUGUUUCUGGCUGUGAAACCUCCUCAUGUUAGCAAAAUGUUUGCGGUAAUUGAAGGCCUGGCUGAUGGUGGGGUAAAGGUCGGCUUACCAAGGGAAUUAGCUAUCAAACUAGCUGCACACACUCUACUUGGGGCUGCUAAGAUGGUAUUGGAAACAGGUACACAUCCUGCUCAACUAAAGGAUGACGUGCAAAGUCCCGGCGGUUCAUCAGUCUAUGGAAUGCAUAAAUUGGAAAGUGGUGGAUUAAAGCAAUCUAUCAAUAGAGAAGUAGAGACGAUCAAUGUGGAUACUUCACCUAGAACACCAACUUAUGAGCGGUCUAAGACAAAUUCGGGCCUUCUUAUGGAUGCUGUUGAAGCGGCAACAAGCCGGUCCCGUGCUACCGGCGACAGAGCGCUGCCUCGCGAUAUAAGAAACACAGAGAUGGACAGAAUCGGCGAAGAAAAUUUGGAGAUUUACGAGCCAAUCCACGUUGUUCUGCAAAGACAAGCCCUCAGACGUUGA